GCUUCCCACACAGACAUUCUCGGUGUUCUUCUCCAACAACAAUCCUCAGCAAAAAUUGACGGAAAAUUCUAUUCAUAGUUAGGCGAAUUGUGCUGUUCCACUUUCUCUGGAGCCAAACAAGGAACAGUGCGUAGGCGAACAAGUUCUCGAGGUUUUUCUUCCGCUAUCUCGGUAAAAACGAACGCAGCAUACCGACAUUAGAAGGAAUUUUCUCUUCUUCAUUCGCAAAAUACUGCAUUUAGGCUCCGUUCACUUGGUCAAGAAAUUAAUGCAGAAAACCUAUUUCAAACAGAAUAAUAGUGAAGUGGAGUUUUUUUUAUUUUUUUGAGAAGUAAAGUGGAGAGAAGUAAAGGAAAAUGAAAAGUAUUCUUUUUCUUUUUGUGUUCAUUUGAUAUAAGAAGUUUGAGAAAAAGUUCAAAAGGAUUAGUUUAAUUAUGUAGAAAAUAGUGUAGAAACAAGAUUCCUGGAAAAUCAUAUUUGUUUUGCUGGAAAGUUUUGAGAGGAACCUAAUCGUGGUGGGAAAUUGGGUCGCGGGUACCACAACUUUCAGAGUAAUUUAACACUUUAAAAAUGCAGGAAAAUUAAACAUUCUCAUACUUACCUUUCCUUUCCCCGCAGCUGAACGGGACCUUGGGUCUUCCAACUGUCUUUGGUGUGCAAAGCUGCACGGGACCUUAGGUCUUCCAAUUGUUUUGUUGGUGUGCCAAAAAAUGACGGUUACUAAAGUAGCUGGUGCACUCAUUUGUGGAAUUUCUGGAAAAGGAUGUGAAAGGAGAACAAUUGGGCAAGCUUUUGAGGCGAAGACGUCGACUCGAGGUCUUCAUCUCAGGUUUCCUGGAGCGAAUCAUAGGGUGGGAUUGAGAUUCGAUAAUGUGGUUCGGAAUUGCGGACUAGUGAGCGGUGAUCAUGCUUUAGAUUAUGAUUUUAAACCUAUGGUGGAGGAGAUGGUAGUUCUUAACACAGAGAGGGCCAUAAAUGGCUCGACCGAGGGAUACAUAGCUCUUACAGGGACUUCUACAAGUCUGUUAGAUCCUCCAAAUGUCCAGACUGAGCUGAUAAUGCUUUCUUUACCAGCAAUUGCUGGGCAAGCCAUUGAGCCCUUGGCACAACUCAUGGAGACAGCUUAUAUUGGCAGACUGGGUCCCUUGGAGUUGGCAUCAGCAGGAGUUUCGAUUUCUAUAUUUAACAUAGUAUCGAAGGUAUUCAACAUCCCUCUCCUUAGUAUUGCGACUUCAUUUGUAGCUGAAGACAUCUCCAAAAAUGCAGGAAAGGAAUCCACUACAGAUGAAAGAAAGCCACUAUCCUCAGUCUCAACUGCCUUACUUUUAGCUGCUGGAAUUGGCAUAUGCGAAGCUUUAGCAUUGUAUUUGGGAUCUGGGCUGUUUCUCAACAUUAUGGGUAUAUCAGCAGCUUCACCUAUGCGCAUUGCAGCACAGCACUUUCUUCGGCUUAGAGCGCUUGGUGCUCCAGCAGUUGUUCUUUCUCUUGCAAUUCAAGGCAUCUUCCGUGGGUUUAAGGACACAAAAACCCCUGUCCUAUGUCUAGGACUUGGAAAUUUUGCAGCUGUUUUAUUCUUCCCCAUACUUAUGUACUAUUUUCGCUUGGGGGUAACUGGGGCAGCCAUUUCCACAAUUGCAUCUCAAUACAUUGUCACCAUUUUGAUGAUUUGGCAUCUUAAUAAGAGGACUGUACUUUUGCUACCCAAUAUUAAGGAUUUGGAUUUUGGUGGCUACAUAAGAUCUGGUGGUUUUCUGCUUGGGAGAACUCUUGCUGCCGUAAUGACGAUUACUUUGAGCACAUCCAUGGCUGCUCGCCAAGGACCAAUAGCCAUGGCUGCCCAUCAGAUAUGUUUGCAAGUGUGGUUAUCUGUAUCUCUCCUUGCGGAUGCCCAAGCUUCGUCUGGUCAGGCUCUUAUUGCCAGUUAUUUUGCAAAAGGUGACUACAAGACCGUUAGAGAGAUUACUUUUUUUGCUUUAAAGACAGGAUUGUUUACGGGCAUUUUCCUAGCAGUCGCAUUGGGUGUGUCAUUUAGUUCUUUAGCCACGCUGUUCACCAAUGACAAAGAAGUACUAGAUAUUAUCAGAUCUGUCUUACUGUUUGUUAGUGCCAGUCAGCCUGUCAAUGCUCUUGCUUACAUUUUUGAUGGUCUCCACUAUGGUGUUUCAGACUUCUCAUAUGCUGCCAGCUCCAUGAUGAUAGUUGGGGCAAUGUCAUCAGCUUUUCUGCUCUAUGCUCCUUCGGUUAUCGGGCUUUCGGGAGUUUGGUUUGGUUUGACACUUUUCAUGGGCUUGCGUACUGUGGCUGGAUAUUUGAGAUUAUUAUCAAAAGAUGGUCCAUGGUGGUUUUUACAAGAAGCCAUCCAAGAACCUCAGGUUGCCAUUUAACAAGUGACUUCACCUGAGGAUUUGCGCCGUCUCUCUCUCUCUCCACAGUCCAGUCUUGUAUUUAUGGCGUGUAAAUAAUCAAUGCUAAGUUGCCAUCCCUUUUUUCAAAUUUAUUUGUCUUUAAAAUGUGUGCCGCUGGAUCUUAUCCGUUGAUGUAUAGUAGUAUUGAUCCGCUCCAUGUUAUAAGAAUUUGAUUUCAUGCAUGUUUGCAACA